UGUUCGCCGGGCGUAGCGCCGGCCUAUGGGGAGGGUCGUCGUGGGCGGGGCCUAGGGUGACGGAGAACCCGAGAUCCCAGCUCUUUUAGGGAAGGUCUCCUAGGGUCGGGCUGACCGAGCCGAGGGGCACUGUGGCCCGGCCUGCCUGUUAGGGAUGGGGCUGCCUGAGGGGCUGGGGCCGGAUCUCCCGGAGAGGCCGGGUGCUCCCGCCUGGGAGUGAGCCCCCACGACUGUCGUAGGACCGCCCUCCGGUGCCCUGACCUGGCUAAGAGAGGCCCCCGAGAAAGCCCCGAGUUGGGCCGCCUAAGCCGGCCUGAGCCGGUGGUGUGGGCCGAAUCUGGGUCCAGCCUCACCGGCCUCACCGCAUUGCGUCUCCCGGGCCCAGCAGAGCCAGGCGCGCCCCCUGUAGGCCGAGCGCAGGACUGCCGGCUAGAGGAGGGGGCACCCCGGGGACCCAGGUGGCAAGGCCAUGGCCACGAUGGUGCUUCCGCGAGAGGAGAAGCUGAGCCAGGAUGAGAUCGUGCUGGGCACCAAAGCCGUCAUCCAAGGGCUGGAGACCCUGCGCGGGGAGCAUCGUGCCCUUCUCGCUCCCUUGGUCGCUCCUGAAGCCGGCGAGGCUGAGCCAGGCUCACAGGAACGCUGUGUCCUCCUACGCCGCUCCCUGGAGGCCAUCGAGCUGGGACUGGGGGAGGCCCAGGUGAUCCUGGCGCUGUCAAGCCACCUGGGGGCCGUAGAGUCGGAGAAGCAGAAGUUGCGGGCUCAGGUGCGGCGCCUGGUACAGGAGAACCAGUGGCUGCGAGAGGAGCUGGCAGGGACGCAGCAGAAGCUGCAGCGCAGCGAGCAGGCUGUGGCCCAGCUCGAGGAGGAAAAGCAGCAUUUGCUGUUCAUGAGCCAGAUCCGAAAGCUAGAUGAGGACACCUCCCCCAACGAGGAGAAGGGGGAGGUCCCCAAAGACUCUCUGGAUGACCUGUUCCCCAACGAGGAGGAGCAGAGCCCAGCCCCCAGCCCUGGAGGAGGGGAUGUGGCAGCCCAGCAUGGGGGCUAUGAAAUCCCAGCCCGGCUCCGCACUCUGCACAACCUGGUGAUCCAGUAUGCCUCACAGGGCCGCUAUGAGGUGGCCGUGCCACUCUGCAAGCAGGCACUCGAAGACCUGGAGAAGACGUCAGGCCAUGACCACCCCGACGUGGCCACCAUGCUGAACAUCCUGGCGCUGGUCUAUCGGGACCAGAACAAGUACAAAGAGGCUGCUCAUCUGCUCAACGAUGCCUUGGCCAUUCGUGAGAAGACACUGGGCAAGGACCACCCCGCUGUGGCUGCAACACUAAACAACCUGGCAGUUCUGUACGGCAAGCGGGGCAAGUACAAGGAGGCUGAGCCUCUGUGCAAGCGGGCACUGGAGAUCCGGGAGAAGGUCCUGGGAAAAUUUCAUCCAGAUGUGGCCAAGCAGCUGAGCAACCUGGCGCUGCUGUGCCAGAACCAGGGCAAAGCUGAGGAGGUAGAAUACUACUACCGCCGGGCACUGGAGAUCUAUGCCACAUGCCUCGGGCCUGAUGAUCCCAAUGUGGCCAAGACCAAGAACAACCUGGCCUCCUGCUACCUGAAGCAGGGCAAGUACCAGGAUGCAGAGACCCUGUACAAGGAGAUCCUCACUCGUGCUCAUGAAAAGGAGUUUGGCUCUGUCAAUGGGGACAACAAGCCCAUCUGGAUGCAUGCAGAGGAGCGGGAGGAGAGCAAGGAUAAGCGCCAGGAUAGCACCGCCUAUGGGGAAUAUGGCAGCUGGUACAAGGCCUGUAAAGUAGACAGCCCUACAGUCAACACUACCCUGCGCAGCUUGGGGGCCCUGUACCGGCGCCAGGGCAAGCUAGAAGCUGCACAUACACUGGAAGACUGUGCCAGCCGCAGCCGCAAGCAGGGCCUGGACCCUGCAAGCCAGACCAAGGUGGUGGAAUUGCUGAAAGAUGGCAGUGGUGGGCGGGGAGACCGCCGUGGCAGCCGAGAUGUGGCCGGGGGUGCUGGGGCUCGGUCUGAGUCUGACCUUGAGGAGGCAGGGCCUGCAGCUGAGUGGAGCGGGGAUGGCAGUGGCUCCUUACGGCGCAGCGGCUCCUUUGGGAAGCUCCGAGAUGCUCUGAGGCGCAGCAGUGAGAUGCUGGUGAAGAAGCUGCAGGGUGGUGGCCCCCAGGAACCCCCUAACCCCAGGAUGAAGCGGGCCAGUUCUCUCAACUUCCUCAACAAGAGUGUGGAAGAGCAAGCCCAGCCUGGAGGCACAGGCCUCUCUGACAGCCGCACCCUCAGCUCCAGCUCCAUGGACCUCUCCCGAAGAAGCUCCCUGGUGGGCUAAUACUGAAGGGGCAGACCGGUCGCCAGAGCCUCCCCCUGGGGCACUGCCCCCACCCCCAGCCCUGCGCAUGGGCCUGCUGCUUGUCUUGCCUGUGUCUCCCAAGAACUCCUGUCUUUUCUGUUCAAUCUCAGGGUAACCUCCUCCCUAGUCAUCUCAGCCUGAGCCCUGGAGGCUGGGCCUGCCGGCUCCAGCUCUACCCCUUAUUUAUUCCUUCCAGCAGGGCCCCCUCUUCCCUAGGUUCAGGGCCAGUGAGAGAAGCUGGCUGGGGUCUUCCAGGUAGACUCAGUUGCCCACCAUCCCCUGACCCUGGAGCCAAGAACACUAAGCACCUGCCCUCCUGUCAGCACCCCUGUCUUCCCCCGGCCGUUGCUUCUGUAUAUAGAGAAAUAAGUUAUUGGCCGCGCCCCUCCCCUCAGUCCAUGGUACUGCCUGGGCCUCCCCUCACCCCGUCCUUCUCUAGUGGUACCGCCCAGGCCUUAAUCACCCCCAUUCCGCGCGGUGGUAUCUCCCAGGCUCCACAACACAUCUCGGGGAUCUCUCCUUGGGUUCCCUGGGCCUUGUCGCGCUCCUCCUGUACUCUUAGGGGUGCGUCCUGCCCCGCCAUUGCCCCAUGCCCCAGGAUGGAGAACCCUCCCUUUACCCGUCCCCUCACCGCUGGGCUCUGCCCUGCAUCCCGGCCUUAUGCACUGCCCCUCCUGUCCGACCCCGCCCAGGCACAGCCUGUCGAGCCAUCCAGCCACGCCUCCCACGCCUGCAGCUUCUCUCGAGGGACAGUGAUGUCUCCACUGUGGCAGGAGCUGCCCCAGUUGUGGGGUGAGGUGGUUGCUCUCUAUUUUCAAAUGUUGCUGUAGAAAUAAAGAUGGUUUGAAUCUGAG